CUUUUAUUCCCGCCUUCGCCUUAUCCCUUUCUCCUCCCGUCCUCCUCUCCUCUCCUCCCAUGGCUCUCCUCUCCUUCUCCUUCUCUCUCCCCGCCAUUACUUCCCACGGAGGAGCUCGCUCCCCCCUAUUCGGCGCCUGGAGGCCAAAACCUAGCAGUCGGCGCAAGCCCUCCCCCAGCCGCGCCUCGUUUCCAUCCUCCAAAAAUGGAGUCUCCGCUGCGAUCACCUCCGCGGUUCCCCAUCCUCAGUCCUAUGUUUCGGACUCUGGCAGCAAGGUUUCUGUCCUUACGUUCCAGCAGGCCAUUCAGCGACUCCAGGAGUACUGGGCUUCUGUUGGAUGUGCUGUAAUGCAGUGUAGCAAUACAGAGGUUGGAGCUGGGACUAUGAAUCCUCUGACAUUCUUAAGGGUAUUAGGUCCAGAACCAUGGAAUGUUGCGUAUGUGGAACCUAGCAUACGACCUGAUGACAGCCGUUAUGGGGACAACCCUAAUAGGCUUCAACGCCAUACUCAAUUUCAGGUCAUUUUAAAGCCUGAUCGUGGAAAUUCACAAGAUCUAUUUAUCGGUAGCCUUUCUGCAUUAGGAAUUAAUGUUUAUGAACAUGACAUCCGUUUCGUGGAGGACAAUUGGGAAAGUCCGGUUCUUGGAGCUUGGGGAUUGGGCUGGGAAGUAUGGAUGGAUGGGAUGGAAAUUACGCAGUUCACAUACUUUCAGCAGGCUGGAAGUCUUCAACUGAUGCCUAUUUCUGUGGAAAUUACUUAUGGUCUUGAACGGAUCCUCAUGUUACUUCAGGGGGUGGAUCAUUUCAAGAAAAUUCAGUACGCUGAUGGCAUUACAUAUGGGGAGCUAUUUUUGGAGAAUGAGAAGGAGAUGAGUGCAUAUUAUUUGGAGCAUGCAAAUGUUAAUAAUAUUCAAAAGCACUUUGAAGAUUUUGAGGAAGAAGCUCGCUCCUUGUUAUCACUUGGACUUCCAAUUCCUGCGUACGAUCAGCUUCUGAAGGCUUCUCAUGCUUUUAAUAUUUUAGAUUCCAGAGGCUUUAUUGGUGUGACAGAACGUGCUAGGUAUUUUGGUCGUAUGCGCAGUCUUGCUCGCCAAUGUGCUCAACUCUGGGUGAAGACACGUGAGAAUCUUGGACAUCCCUUGGGCAUCUCUUCUGAAGGCAAUCAUCUCAUUUAUCAGAAAGUUCUUGAGACAAACUUGAGAAAGGUGACAAUGGAACCUAGAACAUUUGUUCUUGAGAUUGGAACAGAAGAGAUGCCACCUCAUGAUGUAAUUGGAGCAAGUGAGCAGCUUAGAAAUUUAGUAAUGCAGUCACUAGAAAACCAAAGAUUAAACCAUGGGCAAGUGUUAGCGUACGGGACGCCACGUCGACUAGUGAUUUGGGUCGAGAAUCUUGGUUCUAAGCAAGAAGAGAAUGAGGCUGAAAUACGGGGUCCUCCUGCAGCGAAGGCAUUUGACCAAGAUGGAAAUCCUACAAAGGCUGCUGAAGGUUUCUGCCGCAAGAACUGUGUACCCAUCGACCAUCUAUACAACAAAGUUGAAGGAAAAACAGAGUAUGUUUAUGUUCGAGUGAGGAAAUCUGCACGAUCUGCUCUACAGGUGUUAGCUGAAGAUCUUCCGAGCAUUAUAACUAAAAUUUCAUUUCCAAAGUCAAUGCGCUGGAACUCCCAGGUCAUGUUUAGUCGACCAAUUCGCUGGAUUUUGGCUCUGCAUGGAGACAUAGUUGUGCCAUUUACGUUUGCUGGAGUUUCAAGCGGGAAGCAAUCUUAUAGCCUCCGCAAUUCACCAUCAGCUAUACUCAAGGUAGAAAGUGCUGAGUCUUACCUGGGUACAGUGAAAAAUGCUGGAAUUCUGAUUGACAUCAAGGAGCGCGAAGAAAAAAUUUUAUGUGACUCAACUCCAUUGGCUAUGAGUGUUGGUGGUCAUCUUAUUAUGCAGGACAAUUUACUUGAGGAGGUUGUAAAUCUUGUUGAGGCACCUGUUCCAAUACUCGGAGGUUUUGAUGAAUCCUUCUUAGAACUUCCUGAAGAUAUAUUAAUCACGGUUAUGCAAAAGCACCAGAAAUAUUUUCCCUUAAGAAACAUAUCUACUGGAAAGCUGCUGCCAUUCUUUGUCACUGUUGCAAAUGGCAUAAUGAGUGAAGCAGCAGUCCAGAAGGGGAAUGAAGCUGUACUCAGGGCCCGAUAUGAAGAUGCAAAAUUUUUCUAUAGAAUGGACACUCAAAAGAAAUUUUCUGAAUUUAGAGUCCAUCUUAAUGGCAUUCUCUUUCAUGAAAAGCUUGGAACAAUGUUGGAUAAAAUGUCUCGUGUCCAAAAUACUGUUGGUAAAUUAACCUUUGCUCUUGGCGUUGAUGAAAGUAAUCUCCCAGUCAUUGAAGAUGCUGCAGCUUUGGCCAUGUCAGAUCUUGCUACAUCUAUUGUUACAGAGUUUACUUCCCUAUCUGGAAUAAUGGCACGCCACUAUGCUUUAAGGGAUGGUUAUUCAGAGCAGAUUGCAGAUGCCCUUUUUGAGAUCACACUCCCAAGAUUUUCUGGAGAUAUUCUUCCAAAAUCUGAUGCUGGAAUAGUUUUGGCCAUAGCUGAUAGGCUGGAUAGUCUUGUUGGUUUAUUUGGUGCAGGCUGUCAACCAAGUUCCACAAAUGAUCCUUUUGGUCUGAGAAGAAUCUCCUAUGGCCUUGUCCAGAUACUAGUGGAAAAUAAAAAGAACUUGGACCUAAGAAGUGCUUUGAGUCUAGUGGCAGAUGUGCAACCUAUAAAGAUUGAUACCAAUAUUAUAAGUCAUGUACUACAAUUUGUCACACGGAGAUUAGAACAACUUUUGGUGGAUAAGGGCAUAAGUGCUGAAAUAGUCCAUUCCAUACUUGCAGAGCGUGCAAAUUGGCCUUGUCUGGCAGCACAAUCAGCAAUGGAAAUGGAAGUCUUGUCUAGAGGUGAUAUUUUUCCAAAAGUAAUUGAAGCGUAUUCACGGCCAACAAGAAUUAUUCGUGGGAAGGACAUCAAUGCUGAUUUGGAGGUAAAUGAGGCUGCAUUUGAGAAAAAUGAAGAACGAGCAUUGUGGAGUGCAUACUUGGCUGUAGCAACUAAAAUCCAUCCUGGUGUUGAUAUUGAUAUUUUUGUAAUGGCAUCUUUACUGUUGCUACAACCACUUGAAGAUUUCUUUGACAAUGUUUAUGUUAUGGCGGAGGACCAAAAGAUCAGGAACAACAGGCUUGCACUUCUUAAGAGAAUUGCUGAUCUGCCCAAAGGGAUUGCAGACCUCUCAAUUUUACCAGGGUUUUAGAAGCCCCGACAUCUUUCAUAUUAUGGGUGCAAGGCAGAUCAAAUGAGAGAUAUCUAGUCUCAAAAUAUUUAUUGUUGUAUAAUAGCGGCUUCCAUGGGAGGAGGGUUUCAAUACUCUCUCUCUCUCUCUCUCUUUUUCCUUCAACAUAACCUUGUAGAGACUUUGAGUUUUUUAAGCCUCUCCUCCCGAGUGUUGUAUUUCUUUCAAUUUUAUAUAAAUUGAUUAAUUAUUUAAUCAAUAAAUUAAUAAUUUAAAUGCA